AAAGAAGAAGGAAAGAGUAUCAUAAAAAAAAAAAAAAAAAAAAAAAAGGGGAGCGAACGAAAAGUCUCCGACCUUUAUUGAUUGAUUUCGAGUUUUCAAACUUGAACAUGAUUCCUCUUUCAUCAUCACCAUCUCUCUCUCUAUUCUUACCAAAGAUAACAACAAGAAGAUUUCUCAUCCUUUCCAUUUUGGAUAUCUCCCCAUAAUUGCUCCUUGUUUGUUUUGGAAUUUGGAUGAUCUCUAUCCCAAAACGGCUGGGUCUCUCUCUCUCUCUCUCUCUCUCUCGAUCUCAUUCUGUUUUCUGGCGUCGUCCAAAUUUUGAAAUCGAAGAAACACUCAAUUUGUUUUGUAUUGGGAGUCGCAGAUCAGCACCCAUUUUAGCCGGCAUUGUCAAUUCAAUGUCACUCACCACCAGUUGCAGAUUUCUCUGAAUUCCCAUGAUGCCAUUCAUUCCCCUCCUCCUUGAUCAAUCUCAAUCUCAAUCUCAUUCUCUAUUUUGUAUCUUAUCUGCAACAAUUGUAACACUUAUUGGUUCUCUGUUUGUUUGAUCAUACGGAAGGAAGGAAGGAAGGAGAGGAAGAUUGAAUCGGUGAAUAGGAGAGGAAGAAAUGAAGCUGGUGGUUCAAGUGAUGGGGGCUCGAGAUCUGCCGGCAAUGGAUCUAAACGGGCUGAGUGAUCCGUACGUGAAGGUGAAGAUGGGAAAGCAGAAGUUCAAGACCAAAGUGGUGAAGAAGACGUUAAACCCAUAUUGGGGUGAAGAGUUCACGUUUCGAGUCGACGACCUCAACGACGAGCUCCUCAUCUCUUGUUUGGAUGAAGAUAAGUACUUCAACGACGACUUCGUGGGCUGCGUCAAGUUCCCUGUUUCCCAAGUCUUCGAUUCCCCCAACAAGUGCCUCGACACUUGUUGGCACCCUCUCCAGCCCAAGAGCAAGAAGCCCAAGCACAAGGAUUGCGGCGAGAUUCUUCUUAAUAUCUCUCUCAGUACAAACAAUGCAUUCUCCGACUCCGCUUCCGAUGGUGAUCACAUCAGGAGGGAUUCCGACAUUGGAGGUGAAUCACCCUCAAGGUUAUCCGAAACGGCUUCCCCUCACAGAGGCAGGCUUGAUGAACUUCCAUUCUCCAAGGAAGAUAAAGAAAAGGAAAAGAGUACUCUUGCCCAGAAAUCCCUUGCUGGCCGACUUGUUCAGAUGUUCAAUAAAAAUCCUGACGCACCUCCAAUAUCUUCAAACCACUCUAGCAAAGCUGACUUGACUGAGCUUGUUGACAUUUCUGAGGCCACUUAUUCUGAGGAUCACUCCUCUUGUGUUCCUUUUGAAGAGCUAAUGAAAACAAUGCAGUUACGCGAUCAGGCUACUGAAACCCCCGAGAACCUACCCGGUGGAGUGCUUCUAGAUCAAAUGUAUGUUACUGAACCCAAACACCUCAACACUUUACUCUUUUCUCCGGAUUCUACUUUUCCAAAGGCGUUGGCAGAUCUGCAUGGAACUACAGAAUUGGAACAAGGACCCUGGAAAUUUGAAAACGACAGCUUAAAAAGAGUGGUUACAUAUGUUAAGGCAGCUAGCAAAUUAAUCAAGGCUUGCAAAGGAAGUGAGGACCAAACAUAUCUCAAAGCCGAUGGGAAAGUUUUUGCAGUUUUAUCAAGUGUGAGCACUCCUGAUGUUCCAUAUGGGAAAACUUUUAGGACGGAGUUGCUCUACUGCAUUACACCUGGGCCUGAGCUGCCAUCGGGAGAACAAUCUACACGCUUUGUAAUAUCCUGGCGCAUGAAUUUUCUGCAGAGCACCAUGAUGAAAGGAAUGAUAGAAAAUGGAGCUCGGCAAGGUUUAAAGGACAGUUAUGAGCAGUAUGCAACUUUAUUAUCGCAGAACGUUAAGCCAGCUGAUUCUAAAGACCUUGGAUCCAAUAAGGACCAGGUUUUGGCAUCAUUGCAGGCUGAAUCCCAGUCUGAUUGGAAGCUGGCAGUACAAUAUUUUGCUAAUUUCACUGUGGUCUCCACAUUUUUUAUUGGAUUGUAUAUGCUGGUACACAUCUACCUGGCUACACCCAGCACUAUUCAAGGGUUGGAGUUUGUUGGGCUUGACUUGCCAGAUUCAAUUGGUGAAUUCAUUGUUUGUGGUGUCCUGGUACUUCAAGGAGAACGUGUGCUGGGUUUGAUCUCACGCUUUAUGCAGGCCAGAGUGCAGAAAGGCAGUGACCAUGGAGUCAAAGCCCGAGGAGAUGGUUGGUUGCUAACUGUUGCCUUGAUUGAAGGAAGUAAUAUAGCAGCUGUUGAUUCAAGUGGGUUCUCUGAUCCAUACGUGGUGUUUUCUUGCAAUGGAAAAGCUAGAACUAGCUCAAUCAAGUUCCAGAAAUGCGACCCUAUGUGGAAUGAAAUAUUUGAGUUUGAUGCAAUGGAUGAGCCUCCUUCUGUGCUGGAUGUGGAAAUUUAUGAUUUUGAUGGUCCUUUUGAUGAAGCUACCUCUCUGGGCCAUGCUGAAAUCAAUUUUGUGAAAACCAAUAUAUCAGAUUUAGCUGAUAUGUGGAUUCCUCUUCAAGGAAAGUUAGCUCAGGCUUGUCAGUCAAAACUCCACUUGAGAAUUUUCUUAAACAAUACAAGAGGUGGCAAUGUUGUUAAUCACUUUUUAAAUAAGAUGGAGAAGGAGGUUGGAAAGAAGAUUACUGUACGUUCUCCUCAAACAAAUUCAGCAUUCCAAAAACUCUUUGGGCUUCCACCAGAGGAAUUUCUUAUCAACGACUUUACAUGUCACUUGAAACGAAAAAUGCCCCUGCAGGGCCGCCUAUUUCUUUCUGCGAGAAUAAUUGGGUUCCAUGCAAAUUUAUUUGGUCGCAAGACAAAGUUCUUUUUCCUCUGGGAGGAUAUAGAAGAUAUUCAUAUUGUUCCUCCAACUCUGUCAUCUAUGGGUAGUCCAACUAUAGUCAUGACUCUGCGGCAAGGUAGAGGUAUGGAUGCAAGGCAUGGGGCAAAGACACAGGAUGAGGAAGGCAGGCUGAAGUUCCACUUCCAGUCCUUCGUAUCCUUCAAUGUAGCGAACAGGACAAUUAUGGCCCUGUGGAAGGCUAGAUCUUUGAGUCCUGAGCAGAAGGUGCAAAUAAUAGAAGAAGAAUCAGAAGUCAAGAGCCUCCAAACUGAAGAGAGUGGGUCUUUCUUGGGCCUUGAUGAUGUCAGCAUGUCUGAGGUUUAUUCAUCCUUGCAUUCAGUUCCUACAAAUUUCUUCGCAGAGCUAUUCGGUGGAGGUGAAUUGGAUCGUAGAGUUAUGGAGAAAGCUGGUUGUCUUAACUAUUCUCACACCCCAUGGGAAUCAGAGAAGGGUGAUGUCUAUGUGAGGCAAAUAUAUUACAGAUAUGACAAACGUGUUUCCCAAUAUAGAGGAGAGGUGACUAGUACUCAGCAAAAAUCCCGCCUUUCUGAUAGAAAUGGUUGGCUUUUUCAAGAAGUCAUGACCCUCCAUGCAAUUCCACUUGGUGACUAUUUCAAUGUUCACAUCCGAUACCAAAUGGAGGACUCGUCCUCAACACCACCAGGGUGUCUGGUAAAAGUAUACUUUGGCAUUGAGUGGCUCAAAAGCACUAAGCAUCAGAAAAGAAUUACAAAAAAUGUUCUCAAGAAUCUGCAAGAUCGCCUAAAGGUCUCCUUUGCUGUAGUUGAGAAGGAGUUCACAUCAAGAUAGUGGGUUAUUUGGUGCAUUUCUGGGAUUGUAGGCAUUUGACAUGGAGAGGGCUGAUAUUCAUUUUAUAAAGCACCCUUUUCCUGAUAUUUCGUCUUUCUAUGGACAAGCCUGGCAGAAGUGGCUCGACUGCAUGACUUGUCAGGUUUGCUAUCAUCCAAAUCCGUUUAACAGCUUUGGCAAGCAGAGGUGCAGUAGCACUUAUAUGACAGGCUUGGUGUAAGGUCCAAGUGUAUAUCUAUAUGCUCUUCUGUGUACCAAUGGUGAAGUGAAAAGGCAGGCAUGAUUAUGGACUGUGCGAAACACUGUUUAGUGCCUUUCAGAAAGAAUCUGGACUAGUUUAGAGAGCCUAGUUGAUAGUUCCUUGUUGUGAAUAACUGAUGCAGAUGUGCAAUAACUUGGGUCAUCGGAUUGUGAAGGUUAAAGCCUUGAGCCUUAAAGUAGAUACAGAAGUGGCAGGUCUAGUUUUUGUGGUCUUGCCAUUGCAGGCCAAACAACAGUUCUACUUCACUGUCAGUGGUAAUCAUUCUUUUAGAAUAGCUCAAACUCGAAAGGUAGUACCAAUUGUAGUUUAAUGAGGUUGUUUGAAACUUGUAUAAGAAAGUUUUGCAAUGGCUUAGCUUCAGUUAA